AUGGACGUCGAAGAAGCUACCGUGAAACUCAUCAGCGCCGAAGGCGAUGCCUCCCCUGUUCCUUUGGCCGUUGCCAAAAUGUCCGAGCUGGUCAAGAGUAUGAUGGACGAGGACGCCGAAGAGGAAGAUAUCAAGGAAAUUCCGUUGCCCAAUGUCAAGUCCCAAGUCCUUCACAAGGUGAUUGAAUUCUGCGAGCACCAUCUCCAGGAGCCCAUGAACGAGAUUGAAAAGCCCCUCAAGAGCAACGCCAUGUCGGAUGUCGUCCAAAAAUGGUAUGCCGAGUUUGUAGAUAUCGAGCAGGUCUUGUUGUUCGAGUUGAUUUUGGCCGCCAACUAUAUGGAUAUCAAGCCGCUCUUGGACUUGACCUGCGCCACUGUUGCCAGCAUGAUCAAGGGAAAGACCCCCGAAGAUAUCCGCACCACCUUUAACAUUACCAAUGACUUCUCGCCGGAGGAGGAAGCUCAAGUCCGCGAGGAGAACAAGUGGUGCGAAGAAGCCUAA